CUAGGAAGAUCGGAGGUCCCAUUCACCGUGCGCGCCCACACUAGAAGUAGAAGUAGAAGAGCUGAGCAUCAUCAACUAUCUGUUGGUUUUUACAGAGUGAAGUAGCUAACCCUAGCCAACUCCUUCAACUAAAAACCAUCAACCCCUAAGAAGAAAACCAUAAGUUGAGCUAAGAUGGGGGAUUGUGAACAAUUCAGCUGAAGAUUUGGUUCUUCACGCCCAAAACCCUUUCCUUUAAAUCACUUCUUUGCUUUGCUGAUCCAAGUUGCUUAAUUGCAGUGAUUGUUAAGAGGAAAUUAAAUAAUGGAUUCUCAGCUCCCUCCUCCUUUCCACACCAGCCGGGAUUUCAACUUUCAUCCCCAGCAGUUCCAUAGCCAGAACAACAAUAGUAAUAAUAUUGAGCAGAGCGGGGGGAAGCAGCGAGAUCCGGAGGAAGUCAACCAGCAAGACGACGGAAACGACGCCGGAGAGUCAAAGAACGCCGGAGAAGGAGAAAUCUCUCGAAGGCCGCGGGGGAGGCCCGCCGGAUCCAAGAACAAGCCGAAACCGCCUAUUAUCAUCACCCGCGACAGCGCCAAUGCCCUCCGGACCCACCUCAUGGAGGUCGCCGACGGGUGCGACGUCAUGGACAGCGUCGCCGCCUUCGCGCAGCGGCGGCAGCGCGGCGUCUGCGUGUUGAGCGGGAACGGAAUCGUGACCAACGUAACCCUAAGGCAGCCGGCGUCGCCCGGCGCCGUCGUGACCUUGCACGGCCGCUUCGAGAUCUUGUCGCUGGCCGGGUCGUUCCUGCCGCCGCCGGCGCCGCCUAGCGCCACCGGGUUGACCAUAUAUCUGGCGGGCGGACAAGGGCAGGUGGUGGGCGGGAGCGUGGUGGGGGCGCUCUUAGCCGCCGGGCCGGUCGUCAUAAUGGCGGCUUCGUUUAGUAACGCCGCGUACGAGAGGCUGCCGUUAGAAGAAGACGAGGGCAACGCGCCGCCGUUCCCAGGCGGAGGAAUUGGUUCUCCGGGAGCGGCGGGAGGGCAGCAAUUAUUGGCGGAGCAGGGUAUGUUUCAGGGCGUCCCACCCAAUCUCAUCAACUCCAUUCAGCUCCCUAAUGAUGCUUAUUGGGGCGGUAGCCGCCCUCCAUUCUAACCACCAAUCACAAGGGUAAUUCAGUAAAAUGCUUCCUUAAUCUCAUCCAACAUUGUUACUACCUAGCUAGCAAAGAUUAAGGUUUAAAACAAAUUAAAAAAAGCCCAUUUUGUUGUUUUGUUGACCAUUUCAUGUUCACCUCUCUAGUCCCCAGUAUUCUUUCCUCUUUCAUUUAGUUUAAUUUCCAGUAUGUUAAUUAGUGCUUUCUUCCAAGAUUCAAUGAUCCCAUCUGAUGAUCUGUUUGAAACUUGAUGAAAAUCAACUUUGAUUUGUAAAUUUAUUAUGGCUUCUUGAAUUGGUGGU